CGAUUGAAGCUUAGAGAGUGAAAGAAACGGAAUCUCGUUCCAAUGAGGAUUGCUGCAAGGUUUCAAACAGCUGAUAAGGAGACUGCAAAGCACACAAAGAAAGCUAGGAAAGAGCUUGAGAAAUCAUGUGAAGAAGCUCAGAAUUGCUAUUCUCUUUCAAGCACUAGUGGAAGAUAUGAGAUUUUAGAGUUUGGUACUUCAUAUAGUGUGAUCUUGUCUAAAAGGGAGUGUGCAUGUAGGAAGUGGGAUUUAACAGGAAUUCCUUGUCGCCAUGCUGUUUGUGCAAUCAGAGAGAAUUGUCAAGAGGUUGAGGAUUUCAUUUCAGAUUUCUAUUUGACAGCUAAACACAAAGACACUUACCGUAGAGGAUUGGAGCCUGUCAAUGGAAGCAAGUUCUGGGAGGAGACUGGAGGACCACACAUUUACGGACCACCAUUCAAACGCCCUCCUGGGAGACCUAAGGGUAAGGCAAGGAAGCCUGCUCAAGAUGAAGCAGAAAUGGAAGCUGCAAUGAUUGGUCUAGAGGAAGCUGGAACUUCAGGACACGGGGAAGCUGAAGUUCAAGAUGUUUCUUCUACUGCACCUCAAGGAAGUCAAUGGUUGCUUUUCAGAAGUAAUAAUUAGGUAGUGAUGAUGGUUUUUUGCGAGAAUGAUGAUGGAGAUGGUUAAGGAUCUACCUCUCUUUUUCCCUUUUUUGAUGGAUAUAUUAUUCUCGGAUGUGUGAGAUGUAAACUCUACUCUCUUAUUGUUUUGCUAUUGAUGGAUGGAUUAGCCCUUUCUGGAUGGAUUAGCUAUAUGUAAAGUCAUUUUCGGAUGUUUGAAAUCAUGUAAACUCCUACUUCUAAUUUGUUUUCCCUUUUUGGAUGCAUUUGUGACAAAGACAAAUUGUUUUGGAUAAAGACAAGUCAUAACA